AUGGGGGAGAGGGCAGGGUACGAGAUAGUGGUGUUGUUUACGUUUGUUGUGUGUGGAACUUGGCUGGUUUUCCAUUCUCAGUUUAAGGCUCUGCCGGAGCCCCUCAGUGAAGGGAACGCCGGCGAAACAGGGUUCUCUGAGGUGCCGGCCAUGAACCAUGUUAAGGCGGCGUUGGUUUGCGGCAGAGAUAAGUGGUUUGAUUUUGUGACUUUCUCUGUCACCUAUAGUUGCUGGAUGGAACCGAUUAUUCCUGGGUGGAACAAAACCCAGAUUCAUCCUGCGCUUCGUGUUGGCAAGGAUGAUUUGGAGGGAGAUGAUGACAACAGAGCUACUAUAAUCCAUAUCAACACGGCAGGUUCCACCCGCUGGAGCCUGAGUGUUAAUACCAAUCAAAUACAACACUUCCAGCUACAAGAUGAUUCCGGGGUGUUGGUUUCACACGGUGAAAAGAAGAGUAUAGAUGGGUGGCACAUCCUGCAUUUCGCAGGAGGGGAGAACUGGGCAACCAAGUUCUACAUGACUCUUCACUGGCACAAAAACAGCUCUGCUAUGGAGGGAUCUGAAGGGGGAAAAGUGAUGUUUCUGAAACUGAGAACCCAUGUGAAUGCAACGACUCUAGAAAUGCAUAAAGUACUGGAGAAUCUCCCAUUCUUGGUGUUCUCAGUAUGGGAACUCCACUUCACCACAUACCUUAGCUUACUUGGAUACUUUGUAUUUUACUUCUGUUUUAGAGCCUUGGUUGAAAAUGACUUCAUCAGCUUAUCUAGCAAGUGUGUAAUAGUAUCGCCAUUGGAUUGUGAUUAG